AUCAGCUUUUUGUUUUCAUCAAGCCUUUUUUGGUUAAAAAAUCGGGGAGGAACAUACAUUGAUCGCUGGGGAAGGAAACGGCGGAGAAGCGGGUGUUAUGGACGGUACGGACACUGAAAUGAUGGAAACAGAGGCAGCCGUACAGCAGCAGCAGCCGGAGCAAAACGACGUAGCGAGAGACCUGCUCUCAAUGGCUCGUCAACUCAUCAGUCAAGGCAAACCCUCUCAGGCACUCCAAGCGGUGAUUAUGGCAACAAGAACUGGUGGUGGGGAUGAUGCUGUAUUUCAGUCCCUGCAUCGUGCUCGUGAACUCUACAGAAGUAGAAUGCAAGAAAGAACUGCAGUUGAUGAUUUGGCUGCAUUGUUUGCUGAGUGUGCAAUAGCUGAAGCUGAGCCUUCAAAAUCUGAAUCAUUACAAUCCAACCCUGGUGGUCCAUCAAUUGUAUCAGAUCCUCAUGGAACUUCUAUACUCGCUGAAACAGGCAGGACACAAAUUGUGCUAGAUGCAUUCUCUGAUGGGAGCAGCUUUAUCUGUUUAAAGUGCGGGGGCCUAGUCAGUAACCAUCGCAAAGAUGAGCAUUAUGCAUACUGGUGUAGCAAUAUGUAACAUGUUAAUUCAUGGCAUCAAUGGAAAAUCAAAAUGCUUGCUCACCUGAGCUCUACGUACACAGCAUUUGACUGUUGUGCUUUCUAUUCUAGCACAUGUUGCUGUUACUGAAGCCAAUAGGGUCAAGGCAGCUAGCAAAUUUUGAAUGCCAAAUAUACAAAGAAAUCUUGCGUCAGUUUGAAGAAAAUCUUUCCCCAUUCUAAGUGUUGUUUAGAAUAAGCGUAUUUUACACCUUUGCCAACUUGAGUUUUUGUAUUACAAAAAUUGAAGAUGAUCUGUUCAGGUGAACAGUGAUGUGUCAAAGGAUUGUAUAUGUUUCAUUGGUUCAAUGCUGAUGUAAUUUCUGAUUUUUUAUCCCGACUUUAGCACUGGAAAUGUUUAUGUUAUAAGCACUUAUGCUUGCAUUGUAAAUUCUUUUGAAGUUGUUUUACCAUCCCACGGUGUGCUAUGUUGGUUUUGUAUGAGCGAGCUGCAGUUACCCCAAGAACAUCCGGGGUAUGGGAAGCAAAGAGAGGAGAUGCAUAAAAAUCUUUGCUUUCUUGUAUAAUAAUGCUUGAAAUACUACACAAUUCAAACUUUCAACAAAAAAAUCUUAACAAUGUACUUACACUCAAUACAAUACUGAGACAAAGGAGCCCAAAGAUUACAAAUUGGGGUAAAAUGAAGUAGUAGAUAUCAC